AGAGAGAGAGAUGGAGGGAGGGAGGUGGACGAGAGGAGCGGGCACACGGCAACCUGCUGGAGGAGGGCUCACAUGGUCCUGCCGCAGCUGAGCUCACACGACCGGGACAGCCCUCGCUGAACUCGGGAACCCCCCCCCCACCCCCUCCGUCUAUUGUCGUUUCCAUUUUCAUCUUCUCUUUACCUGUAUCCCUCACUCCCCCCCCCCCCCCACCAGUGUUUAGCAGCGCCAUGGCUCGGGAGAACGGAGACACCAGCGGGGGGGAGACGUGGAAGAAGCAGGUCGACGACAUCAAGAAGAUGUUUGAUUUGAAGGAAGUGCUCGGGACAGGAGCCUUUUCGGAGGUGGUCCUGGCCCAGGAGAAGCUGACGGGUCGGAUGUUUGCGGUGAAGUGCAUCCCGAAAAAGGCUCUGAAGGGGAAAGAGAGCAGCAUCGAGAACGAGAUCGCCGUGCUCAGGAAGAUUAAGCACGAAAAUAUCGUGGCGCUGGAGGACAUCUACGAGAGUCCGGAUCACCUCUAUCUCAUUAUGCAACUGGUGUCCGGUGGCGAACUCUUUGACAGAAUCGUCGAGAAAGGGUUUUACACAGAGAAGGAUGCGAGCACGCUCAUCCGCCAAGUCCUGGAUGCUGUGAACUAUCUGCACAACAUGGGCAUCGUGCACCGAGACCUGAAGCCCGAGAACCUGCUGUAUUUUAAUCCCCAGGACGGGUCAAAGAUCAUGAUCAGCGACUUCGGUCUUUCUAAGAUGGAGGGUAGCGGUAACGUCAUGUCCACUGCCUGCGGUACACCAGGAUACGUCGCGCCAGAAGUUCUUGCCCAGAAGCCAUACAGCAAGGCAGUGGACUGCUGGUCCAUCGGAGUGAUCGCCUAUAUUCUGUUGUGCGGGUAUCCGCCGUUUUACGACGAGAACGACUCCAAGCUGUUCGAACAGAUCCUCAAAGCCGACUACGAGUUUGACGCGCCGUACUGGGACGACAUAUCGGACUCCGCUAAGGAUUUCAUCAGCAACCUAAUGGAAAAAGAUCCAGCCAAGCGUUUCACUUGCGAGCAGGCUCUCGGACAUCCCUGGAUCGCCGGGGAUACAGCUCUCUGCAAGAACAUCCACGAGUCUGUCAGCCGGCAAAUUAAGAAGAACUUUGCCAAGAGCAAAUGGAGGCAAGCGUUCAAUGCCACCGUGGUGGUCCGCCACAUGAGGCGGCUGCAGCUCGGCAGCAGCACGGGGGGCGGCGCGGACGCCAACAACCCCCACUCCAGGCCGAGCCAGAAGCCGGCGCAAGGUCCGAGCCAGAACGCCGGCUCGGCCGCGAGCCAGAUUUCGUCUUUCGACAACGUGGGAGCGCCGCGGAAGGAAGGUGUUCCCACCCCUGCCACCCCCUGCAGCCUGGCCUCCGCAGCCACUUCUCCCGCGGCGGGGGCCGAGCUGAGCCGACCGCACCCCUCGGCCGUUCCCGCCCCGGUGCUCGCGGAGACCAAGUGACGCCAGGUGUCGCGGGGGACCAGCUGGGAAGCCACGGCGCUGUGAGGCGGCGGGACGAGAGAGGAAGAGGAUGGUCGUCUUGUUACCGUCUUUUGUCUCCUCGCCGAACUUCUUUGUGGAAGUGCUACCGCCCCCCACCCCCGUCCCAUCCCUCUCCCCCAUCUCCAGACCCCGCCGCCGCCAACACCAUCCUCUUCCUCCUCCUCCUCCUCCCGUCCUCAGCUGGUUCCUCGCCCUGCUCCAAGGAGAGCAGAGACCUCCAUGUCUGACUCUCGCUGAGCAUGUUUGUCAGCUGCCUGGCGAUGGAUCACGUGACUCAAUGUCAACGUCCCUCCUGAAUCUCAUCCCUCCUUCACUAAUCUAAUUAUCUGGAUGUUUGUUUUUUUUUUCUUUUUCUUUCAACCUUCGGAUUGACUGUUGGCAACUGGAAUGUUUUCAUUGUUCGAUUCCCGCGGUUCAUUUAGGAGGAGGUAUUUGGACUUUUCAGAAGGUCGUUAAUGUCUAAUUAGCAGGAGCGUUUCUGUUUAAAAAAAAAAAAAAAGAGAAAAAUAGAGCGAGAGAACGAGAAAGGAGAGCAUAAUCAAGACGAUCAGUCGCCACUACCUCAUGCUAAUGACCAGCUUUUGAAUCGAAAAGCUUCUCCCAAAAUGGAAUCAGAGUGGUUUCCCGGAACCCACAGCUCGAUUUCUGUGCUUUGCGUUGACUUGAUAGUAUUUCAUGCGCGUUUUUAAAAUGCGGCACGUAGCUCGUCCAGCUGUUUGUGCUUCAAGAAGUGCUUUAAAAGUACCACAUGACUGUUGAGAGAGGAAACUAUGCGUUGGUGCUUUAUUUUUGCACCGCGGCAGUCCACAUACGUUCUCAGAUGCAGAUUAAACUGAUGUUUAUCAGACAGGAAGAAGAGAUUCUAUUGAGCGUUGUACUUCUUUAUUCUACUUGCGUUACUUUUAAAUGUUUCUGACUAUUGACCUUAAAUGGACUUGUUCAGGUGACUACGAAAUGUUUGCAAACGUACGCUGUAUGGACAAAAGCCUUGCGACACCGCUUAAUUCAUAACUCAAUCGCGAUAUUUAUUUUUCCACAUAUCAAGACGGCAAAAUAGGUCCAAAUCUGGCCUCCGUCCUCCCCCGUGUGGAGUUUCCGUGUUCUCUGCGUUUUGUUUUUCCGGCUGCUUCCUCCCACAUCCCGAAAACACGCCUGUUAGGUUCAUCGAAGACUUCUCAAUCCAGAAAAAUGGAUUUGUAUGAAGACAUGACAGGCCAUUGUACCAAUGGAGAAGCAUAGUGCGAUUUAGGUGACUACAAGUAACGUACAUUUGGUCACGUACUAUAAUUUCCGGCCUAUUAGCCGUGACUUUUUUCACACGCUUUCAACCCUGCGGUUUAUGCGGCGAUGCGGCUAAUUUGUGCAUUUUUUUUUUCUAACGGCCGCAAUGGGGCACUCGGGCGGAAAAGGUAAGCGUGAGACCGGUGGAAUGUAUGUGCCGAGGAAGUGACCUUUACCGGUCUGGCCCCGUUAGCUGUGCACUAGCGUGUUACUGACGUGUCUCAGUAAUUUUUAUGUAUGCAUGUUUUAUGUUUAACCGGGCCUGUUAGCGUGGCGCUAGCAUUAGCGUUAGCGCAGUUGCGCUAGCCUUCGCGCAGUGCUAGAAUUUGUGUUAUUGCGGCGCGAGCGUGAAACUCUUUGUGUACCGUCUUUGUAAAUAUCUAUCUCGUGUUUCGAUAUGGGCACUUCCGGAACUUUUACACAGCUGUGGCGUUUGUAUGUACCAAAUGGUAUCUCCUUUACAAAUGUACUGUGUGAGGCUUAUUACUGGGUGCCCUCUGCAGGCUGGGAAUUACGGUAUGUAUUUCGGCGCUCACUCUGGGCGAAUAGACACAAUUUCAAUAUCUUCCAGAAAGUCUUCCCAGACGGUGUCGUAUGGGCAACACUUUCCAUAUUUUCUUCCAUUCCGCUUACAGUCGACGCGAUAGCGAUGCCGGGUGUCCCAAUACUUUUGUCCAUAAAAGCUACAUAUUGUUUGUGACGACGUCUGCGACUCAGCGCCCCGUUUUUCUGUACGUUUUUUUUUUUUUUUUUUUUUUUUUCCUUCCAAAUGAUGGUUUUGCCUUUCACGGUUGUCCAAAUUUGAAAACGGCCCGCCGCUGUCGCCGGCCGCCUCUCUUUUCCAAGCCAUGACGUCGCCGCGCUGCACCCGGUUCAGUCGUGCUCAGGGAAAAAACCGCAGCUGCACUGUGUGCCGGCGACACGCCGCUUUAGUUUCCCUUUUGCUCGUUUGCAUAGUUCAUGUUUGGCGUCGCGUCGAAGCAGCCGGGGGGAAAAGGUCGCUCACGCGUGAGCCUUAACCGCUCCCCUGCCGCCGUCGGUUUAGGGUUUUGUGUUCAAUCGUGAUGUCUAGUCCACAAAUAGGGCGAUACCUUGACCUAGUCAGUCAUUUCCAAUGAUAACGUGGCAUUCCAUUUCGACGUUAUUUAUUUUUCCUCGAAGCGAUUGUGUCAGUGGCGAUAAAUGGCCUUUGUUUUUGCUCUUAAAUCGAUGUUGGCCCCCUCUCACACAUAUCAGAUUGUCGUUAGAUGCGAUCCCUUUAUUGCGACUACGGAGCCAAAGACCAGAGCAAAGAAUCUCGUGCGCAUUCUCACGUGAUUUGACAAGGAAGCGAUGAUGCUUUGAUCGACUAAAUGAUUUCACGAGAUCGUCAUUGUUAGUUGCCAACUCGCCAUCUUUAUUUUUUGGUUUUCAUCUCCUCUCCCGAUAGUGCUGCUGCCGAAUAUUUAAUUAAGUGUAACCGUUUGUUAAAAUGGAUAAAAAGCCACCGCGAGGACGUCAGCGAUCGUGUCGUGUUAUGUCGCCUUUUUGUCGGUUCUGUUGGACGUUUCGGAUCUGAAUUGCCACGCUUGCAUGUUAUUUAGAGGCGCUGCAUGGAAGACAAAAACUGUAUAUUCCCAGGACCCAGAAUCCGAAGCAACUUUGUCCCGUGUAGCUACCGAUUCUUUUAACGUGUCUUUAGAUGCAUGUCGUCUCCGUGAACUGUCUUAAAAAGUGUGUCUGUGCUAUUUUUAUUUAUUCAAAUGUUGAGUGUGUCAAGUUUCCAUCUCCAGAGAUGGUUAUUUUCAAAACGUGAGCGCUGUUGUAAAAAAAAAAAAAAAAAAUCCAUGUUUGUCUCAGAGGAACCCAACCGUCAUUAAUAGAAUGGGGAAAAAAAAUUUUAAACAUAAGGGCUUAAUCUGAUUAUCGAUGAUGACCCUGUAUGCCGUAUAUAUUAACGUGGUUUGCUAUGCAUUUUCAGAAUUUAUUUUCAGUGCAUGAAAAAUCCAAAAAUGUCAGUUACAAUAAUUGGAAUGUUGUAUUGGAAAGAGGAGCCCGCUCUUCAAUCCCUGAAAUUGAUUUUUUUUUUUUUUUUUUUUUU